UUACAUUCUUCCGUCAUCAUUGCAACAGGGAUCCAAAACCUAACUACCCAGGCUAGUCUUUCCAAAUAGAUAGAUAGAUAGAUAGAUAGAUAGAUAGAUAAAUAAAUAAGGGGAAAAGUAUAAAAAUGCAUAGCAUCAGUUUGAGUUCUUACACCGUUAGGAAUUUGGAAAAUAUGUCAUAGGUUCCACCAUCACUUUAAGUGAGUACCUACAAAUUUUGUUGUGCAUCGUUUCUGGGAGUUUCAGUAUCAGGCAUCGUCUCACCACCCUUUACAUACUCAACAUUGCCAGCCACCAGGAUGCACGCAAAUAAAGCUCUAUUGAAGAAUGAGUUUUCCUUUAGCUUUUAGUUUCUGUUCCACUACGGAGAAGUCAUGGGCACCCAGAACAUAAAGCAGUCUGAGUGGCGCUGACAACCCCAGGAUUGCAGCGGGUUGGGACGCUGCAAAUCUUCUUGCCUUCUUCCCACCACGCAGCACUUCAACUUGAGCCCGCACCCAGCUUAAUCAAUCACAAGACCCCAAGUCGUAGAGCGAGUCCAGUCCUGGGGAGUCUGGCUCAGGCUUUGCCGGCGCCGUGGAGAAGCUGGCAGGCGGCAGGCUGAGCUCCAGUGGACACAGCCAAGAGGCUCGGGGCGCGCCCGCUGCGCUCUUGGAGUCCGAGUCUGGCGCACCGCGGGAGGCAGGCGCGCUCCCACUCUCCGCAGCCGCCUCUGCCCUCAGGUUUCUCUCGCCCCGGCUUCCGCGGGUGAACCAACAGCCGGUCUCCACCUCCGGCGCUGGGCGCGCAUCUCCCUCCAAUCCUUGCUUACAUAACGCGGGCGGGCGCGCUCCCGCCGCCGCUUACCCCCCAGCGGAGUUGGGCUGCGCCCUCCACGCCUCCGUGGCGAGCGCCUCUGCGCGCCCGUGCGCCCCACGCUAGGAAGUGACUCUCCUUGGCCACCCAGCAGCGGCAGCCUGGACGUCUCUCCGCCGGCGUGAGCUAACUGAGAUUGGAGACCAGAGAGCCUCACUGUGCCCAACUCCCUCCUUCAGCUCCCACCUCCUCCCACUUCUCGCUUCCUCUCCCUCCGCCGCCUCCCCCCACCCCCUUGCCUGUGUGUGUUCGGCACUGAAGAGGGGACCCGGAGAGCAGUCCAGGCUCGGCGCGCGGCGGAGCUGCGGCUGCUCCUGCUGCUGGGGGCAGCGGCGAGGUGGCCGCCUUGCGCCUCCCCGGACUUCCCAAGUGGGGGCAGAGCAGCCGCUCGCGGAGCCGCCAGUUAGAAGGCACAGGGAAAGAGGGACCGCCAAACUCCUCCUCAGCGUCUCCUCUCCACCCCCUUUUGGCUCCUGCCCUUGGAGAAAGUGGAGUGUGGCUCUUGGUUAUCAUUAUUUCUUCGGACUGCUUCGUGGUGCACGGAUUCUCCUGCUUCCCAGUGGGGUUUUCCGCUGUUGGCGCGUCUCUCCGUGUGGUUCCACCCGGCACACCUCUGUCGACGAUGAGGAAAGGUCUCCCGGCGACAGCGGCCCGCUGCGGACUGGGACUGGGAUACGUGCUGCAAAUGCUCGUGCUACCUGCCCUGGCCCUGCUCAGUGCCAGCGGUACCGGCUCGGCCGCUCAAGAUGAUGACUUUUUUCAUGAACUCCCAGAAACCUUUCCAUCCGAUCCACCUGAGCCUCUACCACAUUUUCUUAUUGAGCCCGAAGAAGCUUAUAUUGUGAAGAAUAAGCCUGUGAACCUGUAUUGUAAAGCCAGCCCCGCCACCCAGAUCUACUUCAAGUGCAAUAGUGAAUGGGUUCAUCAGAAGGACCACAUAGUAGAUGAGAGAGUAGACGAAACCUCUGGUCUCAUUGUCCGGGAAGUGAGCAUUGAAAUUUCGCGCCAGCAAGUGGAAGAACUCUUUGGGCCGGAAGAUUACUGGUGCCAGUGUGUGGCCUGGAGCUCGGCGGGCACCACAAAGAGCAGGAAGGCCUAUGUGCGCAUCGCAUAUCUACGGAAGACAUUUGAGCAGGAACCCCUGGGAAAGGAGGUAUCCUUGGAACAGGAAGUCUUGCUCCAGUGUCGACCACCUGAAGGGAUCCCAGUGGCUGAGGUGGAAUGGUUGAAAAAUGAAGACAUAAUUGACCCCGUUGAAGAUCGGAAUUUUUAUAUUACUAUUGAUCACAACCUCAUCAUAAAGCAGGCCCGCCUCUCAGAUACUGCAAACUAUACUUGUGUUGCCAAAAACAUUGUUGCCAAGAGGAAAAGCACGACUGCAACUGUCAUAGUCUACGUAAAUGGUGGCUGGUCCACCUGGACAGAGUGGUCUGUGUGUAAUAGCCGCUGUGGACGAGGGUAUCAGAAACGCACAAGGACCUGCACCAACCCAGCACCACUCAAUGGUGGUGCCUUCUGUGAAGGGCAGAGUGUGCAGAAAAUAGCCUGUACCACCUUAUGCCCAGUGGAUGGCAGGUGGACUUCAUGGAGCAAGUGGUCUACUUGUGGGACCGAGUGCACACACUGGCGCAGGAGGGAGUGCACGGCACCAGCCCCCAAGAACGGAGGCAAGGACUGUGAUGGCCUCGUCUUGCAAUCCAAGAACUGCACUGAUGGGCUGUGCAUGCAGAGUUUCCUUUAUCCUAUCUCAACUGAACAGCGAACCCAGAAUGAAUAUGGAUUUUCUUCUGCUCCCGAUUCAGAUGAUGUCGCUCUGUAUGUUGGCAUUGUGAUAGCUGUGAUAGUUUGCCUGGCCAUUUCUGUAGUUGUGGCCCUAUUUGUGUAUCGCAAGAAUCAUCGUGACUUUGAGUCUGAUAUUAUUGACUCUUCGGCGCUCAAUGGAGGCUUUCAGCCUGUGAACAUCAAGGCAGCGAGACAAGAUCUCCUGGUGGUACCCCCAGACCUCACAUCAGCUGCCGCCAUGUACAGAGGACCUGUCUAUGCCUUGCAUGAUGUCUCAGACAAAAUCCCAAUGACCAACUCUCCAAUUCUGGAUCCACUGCCCAACCUGAAAAUCAAAGUGUACAACACUUCCGGUGCUGUCACCCCUCAAGAUGACCUGUCUGAGUUUGCAUCAAAGCUGUCUCCUCAGAUGACCCAAUCUUUGUUGGAGAACGAGGCGCUCAACGUGAAGAAUCAGAGUCUGGCAAGGCAGACGGAUCCAUCCUGUACUGCAUUUGGCACCUUCAACUCUCUCGGGGGUCACCUGAUUGUUCCCAAUUCAGGAGUAAGCUUGCUGAUUCCCGCUGGGGCCAUUCCCCAAGGGAGAGUCUACGAAAUGUAUGUGACUGUACACAGGAAAGAAAAUAUGAGGCCACCCAUGGAAGACACUCAGACACUCUUGACCCCUGUGGUGAGCUGUGGGCCUCCGGGAGCCCUGCUGACCCGCCCCGUCAUCCUCACUAUGCAUCACUGUGCAGAUCCCAAUACUGAGGACUGGAAGAUACAGCUCAAGAACCAGGCAGCACAGGGGCAGUGGGAGGAUGUGGUUGUGGUUGGGGAGGAAAACUUCACUACCCCCUGCUACAUUCAGCUGGAUACAGAGGCUUGCCACCUCCUCACAGAGAACCUAAGCACCUACGCCCUGGUGGGGCAGUCCACCACCAAAGCUGCCGCAAAGCGCCUGAAGCUGGCCAUCUUUGGACCACUCUGCUGCUCGUCUCUGGAGUACAGUGUUCGAGUCUACUGUCUGGAUGACACCCAGGAUGCCCUGAAGGAGGUAUUGCAGCUUGAGAGACAGAUGGGAGGACAGCUCCUAGAAGAACCUAAGGCUCUUCAUUUUAAAGGCAGCACCCACAACCUGCGCCUGUCGAUUCACGAUAUCACCCAUUCCCUCUGGAAAAGCAAAUUGCUGGCAAAAUAUCAGGAAAUUCCUUUUUAUCAUAUAUGGAGUGGGUCUCAAAGAAACCUCCACUGCACUUUCACCUUGGAAAGAUUCAGCCUGAACACAGUGGAACUGGUUUGCAAACUCUGCGUGCGACAGGUGGAAGGAGAAGGGCAGAUCUUCCAGCUAAACUGCACCGUGUCAGAGGAGCCUACUGGCAUCGAUCUGCCUCUGCUGGACCCAGCGAGCACCAUCACCACCGUGACGGGACCCAGCGCUUUCAGCAUCCCUCCACCUAUCAGACAGAAGCUCUGUAGCAGCCUGGACGCCCCGCAGACGAGAGGUCAUGACUGGCGGAUGCUGGCCCAUAAGCUGAACCUGGACAGGUACUUGAAUUACUUUGCUACCAAAUCGAGCCCGACUGGCGUAAUCCUGGAUCUCUGGGAAGCACAGAACUUCCCAGAUGGAAAUUUGAGCAUGCUGGCGGCUGUCCUGGAAGAAAUGGGAAGGCAUGAGACAGUGGUGUCUUUAGCAGCGGAAGGGCAGUACUGACUCGUGCUGGGACUGGAAAUGAAGGACGGCAAUGCACAGGGAGUCUGUGGCCGUCCAGGGCAUCACAGUUGAGAAGGAAAUCCAGAAUGGACCCAGACCGAUGAGUUUCAAAGGCAAGACUGCAAGCGGGAGAGAGAAGGAAAACAUAACACAACUGCUGAUACACGUGCCCACUUUACUUGGACAGCAUCACAGGAGUUAAGAACAAUUGUGUAAAUUUGUACCUUGAAUUUAGAAAUCGACCUAAUUUUCCUCUUAGUUGGGCUGUAUGCUGUGUGGUACAGGAUCUUACAGUUUCCUAGGAAACGCUUUUUAUUGCUAUCCAGGUAUAUGGAUAAACUUUCUUAACAAACCCAAUUUCUACAAACGUUGUUUACAUCAAAUUGGACAGGGAUGCGGACACUGUCCAUGGCUCGUUCUAUUUUUGUUUAAAUCAUUUGAAGUUGAAGCUGUGGACGGUUUGUUGUGUCUAUUUCAGAUUAGUAAUUUACAGAGAAAUCACAGACUUUUGCUACAAACUGUGUGCAUCAAGUGUCUCAGAUAAUCCUUCCAUUGGUGUUCUGUUUCUAGAACUUGUAGAACCAGUGUUACUGUUUGUAUCAGGGAGGUGGAGAAUCUAAGUGUAAAGGAGAAAUAACUAAGACUCUUUAUUCCUUGAGGGCACCCAUCUGGUGCCCUCUGGGAACAAAGCUGUAGCAAUGCAGGGAAGACAGUGAUUCACGUUCAGCCACACAAACAAGCAUUUCUUCACCACGUGUGUGUUUGUAAUACGCAAUUAGAGGUGUUUUUUUAAAGGUAUCAUUAUUAUUAUCAUUAUUAUUAUUAAUGAGUAUUUACAGGUAUUCUAGUAAAAGGAUUUUCUUUUAGCUUCUGUUUUUGUUAGCAGUACUGUUAGUAUUUAGAUAUUGACUAGACCUGCUUCACUCUUCUGACAUAAGGUGGGCGUGGUCACCAGUUUAAUUAAAAGGCUUUGCUUCCUUGACCUUUUAUCUUUCUUGCAUCCUUCUGCACCAGAAAGAUAGUGCUCACUGGCUUUGUCAGUCUCUUCUUUCAGCUUGCUCAGGCAAGGUCUUUCUCCUCCGAGUCUUGUUGGGAGAAGCAUUCUCUAUUAAAGUUCACUGAAUAUUGUAGUUAUGUGAUUACACACUGACUCCCCCAGGGUACUCUGUCUACUUUAGAGGCAGUGUGCAUAGAGGAACAGCCUCCGAACUGGCAAUUGGAAAACCAGUUCACAUUCUGGCUUUGUCAUUGUCUAGCUGUGCUACCUUGGGAAAGUCAUUGAACCUCCCUGGACCUCAGUUUCCUCACGUGUCCAAUGAAAGGGUGGAAGUAUUAGAUAUUCUCAAGGUUCUAAAAUGCUAGACUUCUGUGAUGUCUCCAGUCUCAUUCAUCAGUCUGAGGCCCACACUGGACGCUGACCUGGAUCAAUAAAGAGCCAGCUAGUCUCUUGCCCAGGCUACAGUAUGCCUUCCAAAUAGUUCCAGCUUUGAAGAGGAUGAUCCUUACCUGUAACCUAUUUGUCAUGCUUCCCAGCCUCGUCUUUGUGCUGCUCACCAAGAGGUGGCAUCCCUUUAUUAUCAUUUUCUUUCCUCUUUGGGGACCACUUGCCUUCCUGACUAGUUGCAAGUUAUGUUCUAUUAUUGUCUUAAUCAAACGUUUUUAAAAUUAAAAAAAAAAUUAACCAAAAAGUAGUCAAACGACUACUUUGUGUAAACUAUGGUAUUUCCUGAGAAUUAUCACAGGCCCUUGGUUUUAACCCAGGGACUCCAUUCAUUCAACAGGUGGGAAAUAAAGGGUCAACAGCCCAGAAGCCAAGCCACAACUGAACAAGCACCCAUGUGUAUGAAUCAGAACCUUCGAAACAUGGCCAUGGUUCACUUUUGGGCUAGAGGUACAGAGGUUACUGACUGGCAUUGAACUAGAAAUCAUUUUAGAUAUUUUCCUCCUUCUUUACCCAUAUAUUUCCUCUUCUAUUUUGGUGACUUCUUAGUAUGCCCAAGAUUCCUCAAGGCAUCCUCAUCAUUGAGGAACUACUGAUAUCUUGUUAUGGAGCCUCUUCUCUCACCGUUUUUGUUUCUUAUCUUCUGUUUGGGGCAUAUUUUCCAUAACCUGUCUCUCUCAGGCCACCCCUGCACCAUAGAUAAAAACAUGUUACACUUAUCGUGAAAGGAAGGGAUUGCAGUAAUAAAUAAGUUCAGUGGAUGAUGUUUGUACCAAUGCGUAUUUGACCAAAAGAUAGUAACACUGUAUGCUACGUAAAAAGAUUUUUAAAUAGAUAUUUUUUUACAAAGAGGAGGACAAAAUAUUGCUAUUGUCCAUUACUUCAGUUUGAAAUAACUUCUCAAGAUUGCUCAUCAAUACUGGUUUGGGGAGCUGUCAUCUGUGGAAAUCAAGAAUUAGAAAUCUGAAGGAUGUUCAAAGGAACUUCCAUGCCUAGUGGAAAGGAAAGAGUGGUUGAUUCCUUGUAAGUGAGGUACCCAUCUGUCAUAGAACCUGUUAUGUUCCCCAUCAAGUGAAUGGCAACUCCCUUACCUACAACACACCAUUCAUGUCCAAUAAUUUUCCCUACGAAUUCUGAUUUCCUUUUCUUUUGGAGUAAAAUAAUAGCAGUUAGGUUGCUCUCAAACUUAGAAGGUCCAGAUUCAACAGUUCAUUUCAUAGCCACUCCAUCAUUCUAUGUGACAUGUCCUGCCUUUGAUUCCUAGGGUUUCUAUAUAGCUUGUGAGGAAGGACACGCUUACUUCUUUGGGAUGGGGAAAAAGAAACCUAUCAUUUGUGCAUAGUGCCAUCUAGUGGUGCACAACGCAAUCUAUCCUAGUGUCACAAAAAUUCACGUAAAGUUGUUUGACUAAGGGAAUUAAUAGCUAAACAGUCAGGAUCUUUAGGACACACGUGGGUAAAUUUUCACUUCAAAUCUAUAGUUUUCUUAUUGUCACACUUCUUUACUUAAAUCACCCAUAAAAAUUCCAUGUCAUUAUGAGGCUAGUACACCAACUCUUUCACACACGGUAUGUCUCAAGUUGGUUUGGGGUAAUAGGAAUGAUAGAAAUACAUAAAUCUCUGUAUAAAACAGUUUUUGAAGAGUUGUCAUGUUUAACACUUACAUUUUUUUAAUUGAGAUUUGGAUGUUUUAAAUCUCCUACAUUUAGUUUUCUAAUAUUUAUUUUUGGAAAUGUAAGAAGAAUCCGCUUACAAAUAAGUUUUAUAUAUGCAAAUGACAGAACUGUGUCUAAGGAAGGGAGAUUUGUGAUUGGUAACCAGGACUGGAAGGAAGAUUCCUUUCUGCUGAAUGUGGGUGUCUAAAGGCAGAGGUCUCAUCCCAUUUUCAUUUUAUUCUCACCACAUUCAUUCAGAUUUCCUUAGAGUGAUCUGGAAGGAAUAGAAACUGGAUUCAGUACUGGUAACUGGACACAGGGUGAUGACAAACAUGUAACAGAGAACAGCCUUUUCACAAACUGUGUGGACACCAAUGUGGACACUCACCUCUGCUACAAGGAAAAAAUCCCCAUCCUCAGAUGACUUCUUCAAAGGCAGGGCAAUAUUUUGGGUGAGGUGUCCAAUACUCAACUGUAAAACCAUUACCCAUUUUCAUACGUACUAUUAUUUUAGAGAUAUUACUCUCUCAACUUUCAAACAGUAGAGCCAUUCUUUAGGAAGAAGUCAUGGAGACUGAGUUUAGGACACUCUGGAAAUUAGGUACUCUGUAAUUUUUUUUAAGAUAUUUAUUUCUCAUGUAAGUUAGAUACCUUCAAAGUAAGCAUUCAGAUGGUGGAAUCAAGACUUUUUACUUCUGGAGAGAAGCAAACGAGGCUCUCGUCCUUUGUAUCGCCGUGUGUAUGACUGUCAGGAACACAGCAGAUAUGCUUUCAGUCCACUUCUGUCAUCCACGUAUGAGGAAGGGAGCCAGUAAGGUGAUCACUUCCUAGAAUUCACAAGCCUUUGCCAGUAUAUGGUCUGCCCCCAUGGGGUCAAGCAAAUAAAAACUAUAUAAGAACCUGCAAGAGAGUGUAAAGAAUGUAGAAGAAGUUUACAUGUUGAAUUUUCAGUCUUGAAGUUGAAUGUGAGUUUUCUUUAGCUUUUGCCGAGCAGUUGCUCUGGACAAGUUAUCUGUUUCACAUAGAGACCUCAGUACAAGACCAAGGCCAAUGAGGGAAAGGAUGACCAUGGAAAGAGCUGAAAUGAAACUGGGUUUUAUCCAUCUUCUUUGAGAAUAGAGGAGCUUUUGUGAAUCAGAAUGUUGUUGCUUAAAGCCAAUUAUUUGUAAAGAUGAUAGUGGUCAAUGAGCAUUAGAUUUUAUAGAUCCAAUAAGGAAAAUAUUUUUAUUAUCUCAAGGUAAUAAGACAUUUUUUUUACCUUCCGAGUGCCUCAUAGGACCAACUAUUACACUUUGGGUUUUUUGUUUUUGUGUGUGUUUUUUUUUUACCCUUGUUGAACUAAUGUUGAAUGAAAUCCUUAGAACUUUGACUCUGUGCAAUGAAGUGCUGUUUCUCUACCCUAAGAAAUAUAUUUGUAUAAUCUCUGGCUGUAAUGAUCACUUUCAAAGAUUUCCCUUGCAUUCUCUAAUGAUUUUUUUCAAUGGAAUAAGUCAUAAGGGGAAUAAAUAUAUUGCAACCAAUGUUAAUUUAAACCUGUGUCCAUACAGGUCAAGUUUGCCAAAUGGAGUCAUAAGUAUUUCCAGAAUUCAUGCCUAAAACCUGCUAUUUUGGAAAGGCAGGGGUGGGGGGAGGGGGGAAUGGCAACGUACGUCACUGGGUAGGUUUUCCCUGUGAACUAAGACUAACAACUUUCUGAUCCUUCAGGCUUACUGGCCUUGUGCUUGCCCCCAUUUUCAGAAAUCCUACUUAAAAAAAAAAAAUCUGUCUUCAGGAGAGUUCAGGGCUCCCAGCUUUUCCGGUAGGCUUGUCCCCUCCUCCUAUUGAUUUGUGGUGGGAUACUAAUGAGCUCAUUCAACCAAAUGUAACAUAUGCUCCUCGACCGAUUUUAGAAUGGCUGAGGGAGGCAUCACCAAGACAAACCACCAGGAACUCCACAAAUGUGCUGGUACACAAACCCCAGCAACCGUAAAGAACUCACUGUUGGUAAGAGGCUGUUUCCCAGCCAGCUGUACACUUAGACUCUCGGGGAUUAAAGAGAUCUUCCAGAAUCCAAAGUUGGGAAUCUCUGCAGAAUGUCGCAAGAGUUGUGGCCGGUACACCAGUUGUUCAGAAGACAACGAGGAAGCUGCCCUGAGACACAGUCAGCUGCCCACCAGCCAAAGUAUUUGGUACUGUAUACCAGCCUCUUAACAUGCCAUUUGAGAUUUGUGCCCCGGCAGUAUUGUAAAUUGCCGAAGGCCAUCACCCUUCGGGGCCCAUUAUAAAUAUUCUCAAAUUCUAUGUGUCAUCCUUCAAUUCCAAAGAUCUGUUGGAAUUGGGGCUAUCAGAGCCGCUGUUGAGCCUGAUGGCGCUGACCCAGGGUGCAGUAACCCUCAUUUCUGGAGUUCAGAAUGUGAAUCAUAGGCCGGUAUCUCUGAGCGGUAGCCUAGGAGUUGAUGAGCCAUUGACCUCUGCACCUCGGCAGGAUGGUGAGGCAAUAUCCAAGAAUCAUGACGUGAGCUAUCUUCUCCAUGCUAAAACAAACCUGUUUUGGAACAGCUUAAAAGAGCAAGAAAUCUACAGCCAGUGGAAAAUGCCUUUGCCUUUUUAUACUCUUCAAGUCUCAUAUGACGCCUGUAAUCCUAGGGGCUUAAGUUCAAGUGCGUACCCCUCCAGGCCUUGGGAAAGAAAGAGGACAGCAAUCAGAACAAGCUGAGUGGUUUGUGUUCUCCCCCUCACUCUUCUUCCCUCGAUCUGCUAUUGGUACCGAAUCCCUCGCCCUCCAGACAGAAUGCAUUCAGCCAAUUGCAGGGAAUAUCAUCACUGUGUGUGUGUUGGGUGUCAGUGUUGUACAUGUUCACCGAGUUUAACGUUGAGCUGUAGCAAGUUGGUGACCUUCUGCUUCGCUCUUUCUAAAGAAGACAGGCAGUGUUUGUCAGAGAGAAAUCCCCAGCAGUCUGUGUUGAAGAGCCUGUGUCAUCCACCUGCUGUUCCCUUUGGAACAGUUCAACUGCAGAAGUGUCGGAUUGAGAUUUUGUGCUUUGUCAUUUUUCUUUUCGAAACACAACACAACUUUGGCUUUUCAGAUACAGAACACUUCUUUUGUUGUUGUGGAGUUCCCUCUUGCUGUAUCUUCUAUGCAAUUCCUUUUCUAGAAAACCCCUGGUGGAGGAGUGCUCUCUGGGCAUCCCGUCCACCAUGCCGCUGUGUGGUGAAGGUGAGGGAUGCCAGCUCUGGGUGUGCCUCUUCUCUCUCCCUGCUGCCUCUCCCCGUUUUUCCUGCAGUCCCUUGGUUUGUAAAUUGCCUGCAUUUAUUCUGUCAACCAACAUGUACAAAAUGUAAGAAAGAAUUUUUAAACAGGUAAUAAAUUAUAUUUAUAAGCAA